CGGUACCGCCUGAUCUCCGUGCUCGGUCACGGAAGUUUCGGCGCGGUGUGCAAAGCUCGAGACGUCCUCGCGCGACGCGUGGUCGCGAUGAAGCGCGUCCCGAACGCGCUGUGCACGCUCGAGAACGCGAAGAGGGUCCUGCGAGAGGUCGUCGUCCUGAACCGGCUCGACCAUCCGAACAUCAUCAAGAUCUACAGCAUCUUUCACGCCCCGAGCAGCGCGGGGCCCUCGCGCAUGGACCCGACGACGUUCUCGCUCGUGCCGAUGUCCAUAGACCUCUACAUGGUCUUCGAGUGCGCGGAGGGCGGGGAUCUGUACGAAAUUCGAGGCGAGAUGAGCUCCAGAGAGGUGCGCUCGCUCAUGAAGCAGCUCACGACGGCGAUCAAGUACAUGCACGACGUCGGGGUGUGGCACCGAGACAUCAAGUCCGCGAAUCUGCUCCUCGACGCCGCGACGCCCGCGGCGGCGACGCCGGCGCCGCCCCCCGGCGCGUUCGCGCGGCAAGAGAUGCUCACCGGCGUCGUCGCGACGCCGUGCUACCGCGCGCCCGAGGUGAUCAUGUCCAACGGGGCGUACACCGGCGCGAUGGACGUGUGGUCGUUGGGUUGCAUCUUCGGCGAGUUGUUACAG